UUGUGCACAUGUGUUACAUUUGUAUUUCUUUUUAAGAUAUUCGAGUUAAUGAUACAAAGUUUAGGUUAGGCACCUGCUGGUAACCUAAUGUGACCCAUCUUUCUUUAACCAUUUCCCACAUAACUAUUUCAUUGUCUCUAAGUUUGUGCCAAAGCGUUAUUAAAAUAGACAGGUACUACAGAGUGAGUGACGGGCGUAGAACAGUCCUAUCACACAGGCUUUUGCUGUUUCGUAAACACUGUAGCAAAGGUGUGGUUUCAGUCCAAAAGCGAGCUGCUUCCGACUAUUCACUCCAGAGCUCACUAUCUGCGCAACAGGAGAAGGAGGAGGAGGAGGCGACGCGCAGUUCACAACUAUUCACGACAAAAACACGGCUUUCACUUCACCAAAUUCAACGCGAUGAGUAUGUACGGUUCGAACCCCAAACUGGCCACGCUGGGACAGAGGAGUAACUCUCGACCGGAUUUGUCAACUUUUCGGAACGAUGUUUUUGUCGGUGGGAACGGUUACGCCGGAGAAUACCACGACGCCGGCGGAUACGGAGGGUACGCCACCACUACCUUCUCCCGGACGUCUGCGCACGGAGGGGGCCACGGCGGACCGAAAAUGGCGAUGAGCAUGGGGGGCGGAGGAGGAGGGGUACACAGUGCACAAGCUAUCCAACAGAGGUCUAUAUAUCUCACAAAUCAGUGCCAGGAGUAUCUUCAAAGAGCAAAGACCGUCCUCCAGGGUGGUGGCCCGCCCAUGGAAGCAGAGAAAUGGAUGGCAAUGGCCCUAGAAUCAAUGGAGCACCUCAGAAUGUGCGGCAUAGAACUACAGCAAAUGCGAAUCCCAAGUGACAUCUCCAAAAAUUUGGAACAGUUCCAGUACAUGCACGCAUCCAUGCAACAACAGUUUGCAGGGGGCAUGGGCACCCGAAGAAAGAGGACCAGCGUUGGGUCUGGUGACGGGGGAAGGCUUUUCAAUGAUGCCAUGGCUUGGAUCGCGCAACAGAAGCGCAUGAUUGAAACUGCUCCGUUCGGGGAAGACUCAGCCACCAUCGACAAGCAGAUCUCCAGUCACCAGAAGAUCCACAGCUCCUUGCAGCGGAGCCCAGAGGUGGACCGCAGAGACGACCUGAACAUGAGAAAUGACAAGUACAACCUCUACACCCUGGAGCAAGAAUGGGACAGUUUGCAGAAAAUGUCCCAUAGUCGCCUGAGUCAGCUGCGUGAGCUUCAGAACAUCAUUGAGGAGGUGUCCAGAGCCAUCAUGUGGGUGAACGAGAGAGAAGAGGAGGAGCUGGUGUUCGACUGGGGAGACAAAAACAUAGACCACUACAUCCCCAAGAAACAAGAGAGCUACUCAAGGCUGAUGAGAGAUCUGGAGGAGAAAGAGAAGGAGCUGAACAAAAUCAAAGUCAAGGCGGAUGGACUUCUGACCAGUAACCACCCAGCCGCAGAUAAGAUAGAGGCUUACAUGGACACUCUACAAACUCAGUGGAGCUGGCUUUUGCAAAUUACCAAGUGCAUCCAUGUCCAUCUGAAAGAAAACGCCGCUUAUAGCCAGUUUUUCAAAGAGGCCAAUGAGACGUACACCAAACUGCAGAAGGAGGACGAGAAGAUCCGGAACAAGUUCACCUGUGACAAAAACACCCCGAUGGAAAACCUGGUGGAACUGCUGAAAAAUCUGGAGAGGGAGAAAGAGCGUAUUAUGGAGAACAAGAGGCAAGUCCAAAGCCUGGUGAAUAAAUCCAAGACCAUUGUCCGUCUGAAGCCUCGUAACCCAGAGGACAAAAGCAGCAGUCCAAUUAUAGUCCAGGCGCUGUGUGACUUCAAGCAAGACCAGAAAGGGAUUUUGAAAGGAAACGAGGGAAUCCUGAAAGAUAACUCCCAGCGCAGUAAGUGGCUGGUGACUGGACCUGGAGGCUUGGACAUGCUAAUUCCAUCUGUGUGUCUGCUCAUCCCACCUCCCAACCCACUCAGCAUUGGAGUUGCAAACAAGAAUGAGCAGUACUAUGAGGCCAUUAUGGGCAUAUGGAACCAGCUCUACAUCAACAUCAAGAGUCUGAUCUCAUGGCAAUAUUGUGUCAAAGACAUCAACUACAUCAACUCCCUGACUGUGAGCAUGUUGUCUAAGAUGCGUCCCGAGGAAUAUCGCAGUAUCAUCAAAAGACUGGAAACACACUACCAGGAGUUCCUGCGCAGCUGCCAGGGCUCUGAGAUGUUUGGGGAGGAGGACAAGAGGAACAUCCAGGGACACUUCGAUAAGGCCCAGAACCACUACGACACUCUCAUCAUCCAACUGCCCUAUUACACUGGAGAGCUCAAACAAGAAGAAGAAUGUAAAAAAGUCGAAGAAGAAGUCAAAUGCAAAUCAGAUACUUCCAGAGAGAUGACGGAGACCGUGGUGACCGUGGUCAAGACCCCUCCCACAUCCAAGCUGAGCAUGGCCCUGCUCAACAGCCUUCACGACCUGAGGUACAGGCUGCAGCUGGCUGAGACUGACCUGACCAGCCACCUGCACAUUCUCCCGGGGGAGAACAGCCUGCACGAGUGCUCUGUGCACAUCCAGAAACUACAGCUGGUGCACCAAGACCUGGACGUAAUGCAUGAUGACUACUUGCGCCUUCGGGAGUGCAUCAUCAAACAGUUGGAGGGCAUCCCAACCGAUUCUGAGCAGGCCAAGUUCCUCAGAGCCGAACUAGAAUUUAUCAACCAAAAACUUGGAGGACUGCAGGGACUCUACUCCGCCUAUCUGCAAAGGCUGACAGCUCUGAAGGCCCUGCUGCAGAGUCUUCUUCAGACUGAGGAUGUGAUCAAAGUUUAUGAAGCUCGUCUGACCGAGAAGGAGACCACUUCUUUGGACCCAAAUGAGAUCGAAAACUACCGCACUACUUUGAAGCAAAUGAAGGGUGAUCUGGAGCACAAGAGAGACUUGCUGAAUUCUUUGGAGUCCAAUUUAUCCACGGCUCAGCACUGGAACAACCAAGUCUCUGAUGGCUUCCACAAGUGUGACAUUGACCUGUCCAAAUAUUCCGACCUGGUCAACCAGAUGACUGACCGCUGGCGUCGUAUAAACACCCAGAUCGACAGCAGAGUUUGGGAUCUGGAGAAGCAGGAGAAGCAGCUGAAGCACUAUCAGCACACGAGCACUUCCCUGGACCAGUGGAUAGACAAUGCCAGGAAGCGCCAGGACAAUCUGCAGCUGGUUAAAAUCAAUGACAUCCAGACCCUGACCGAGCACCUCAAUCAGCAGAAGACGUUGCACACUGAAAUCAAAAGCAAGAAGGACAAAGUGGAGGACCUGCAGAAAAAUGCUGACACUUGCGCUUCCUCUAUCAAGGACUAUGAGCUGCAGCUUGCUUCCUACAGCGCUGGUCUGGAAACUCUGCUCAACAUUCCCAUCAAGAAGACCAUGAUUCAGUCCCCAGCAUCUGUUGUGAGAACUGAGGCUAAUGAACUUCAGGCUCGCUACAUAGAGCUACUGACCCGCUCUGGAGACUACUACAGGUUCCUUGGAGAGUUGCUCAAGACCAUGGAAGAGCUAAAGAUCAGAAACACCAAAAUCGAAAUGCUUGAAGAAGAACUAAAACGUUUCCAAGAUGAUCUCCAUGACCGUAACAUCAAAAACAAAAACUUGGAGGAUGAACUGGCACGUUUAAAGUUGGAGCUCACCGGAUACAAAAAUCAGCUCAUUUCUAUGGAAGAAAUCAAGAGCACCACCGUGCUACAAGUUAACGCUACCAAGGACAAUCUUGACAGAACCCAAAACCAACUUCAAGAUCUUAAUAGCCAGCUAACUACCCUCAAAUACCAGUUGGAUGAGGAGAAGAGAAAGAGGAGACUGGCUGAAGAACGCUAUACCAGCCAACAAGAAGAAUAUGAGGCUGCUGUCCGUAGAAGACAGAAAGAGCUAGAAGAACUGAACUGGACCAAGAUUGAUCUGGAAAAGUCUGUGAAAGAUAAAGAACGUGAACUGGAGAGGUUGAAAAUACUGCUCGAGGAAGAAGCAGCAAGGCGCAGGACUGCCGAGACGGAAUCGUCUAAGGUAAGAGCACAGUGCAACCAGGAACUUAGCCAACUUAAGCAAACUUACGAGACACAAAUCCAUGUGACCAAGACAACCAUCCUGAAGGAGUCCCAGCAGCGUGAAGAAGAUGCUACGGAAUGGAAAUUGCGAUGUGAGAAACUGGCAGCGGAGAAGAGAGAUGUAGAGGAGGAGCUGAGGAGGCUGAGAAUGUCAAUUGCCCACAUUGAGGAGCAAAAGAACAGAGUGGAGCAGGAGGUGGACCAGCAGAGGGCGGCAUUCACCCAGGAGAGCAGAACCCGCACUGAGCUGGAGGUGCAGAUUAGAAGCCUGGUACAGGAAAGGGAAGAAGAUGAUUUGAAAUUAAAGGAAGCCACCAAGAGCAACCAGGAUAAGAGCAGACAAAUAAGCAUCCUCACCUUUAACCUAGAAGAGGAGGGUAAAAAGAGGAGAGCAAUGGAAUUGGAAUUGAAUCGGUUGAAGCAGAGUGAAGCAGAUUUGAAAGCCAAGAAUGCCUCCUACAUUGACACCAUUAACAAGAUGAAAGUAACAGAACAUGAGAUUCGUAUCACCAAAGUAGAGUUGGAGAAACAGAGCAGCGAGAAGGCUAAAGCAGAACAAAACUCCUCAAAACUUCAAACUCGCAUCCGUGAACUUCAGUGCUCACUAGAUAACAUGGAAGCUGAACUGGAAAGACAGAAGAAGACAACACAAGAGGAGUUUACCAGAAGGAAAAGAAUGGAAGCCGAGCUAGAAAGAAUGAACCAAGUCUGCAAAGAGCACACCACAACUAUUACAUCACUCAAGUCCAUCCAAAUAGAGUCGACCACUGUGGGGAAGAAGUACGAGCAGGAAUUGAAGAACUUAAAACUGGAACUUGAGAAGAGUCUAAGGGAUCAUAAGAGAACAAAGGAUGAGUUAGCCGCAGCACUAGCAGAGAUAAAAGCGCUUAAAAGCAAGUUGCAGCAAGAGCAGGUGAAAGUUCAGGAGUUGAACCAACGCAAUGAAACCCUAUACAAAACCAUUGAGGAGAAGAGCCGCCUGCUGAACGAAUACACAAUUGAGAUUGAGAAGCUGAAAACGUUGACACAGAAUUUGACUAAGGAGAGGUUGAGGUUAGAGGAGGAGCUGAGAGUAGUAAAGCAGGAGAGAGAUGAGCUGAAGAAUAGAAAGAAUGCGGCUGAUGGAGAAAGCGCGGCCCAGAUUUCGGCGCUGCACACCCAGCUUCAGAGUAGCACCAAGAGGACGGCAGAGCUCCAGGCCCUCAUCAACGAUCUGACCAAGGAGAGGGAAAAGCUAAAAAUGGAAAUAGACAAAAUCCAAAAGCAGUCAAUUGAGACUACCAUCUUGGUUCAUGAAUCUCAAAGUCAGUACACCGAAAUGCUUCGGGAGAAGGACAACCUGCUUGCAAAGAUCAAACUCCUUGAACAAGAGAAAAGCCGCAGCAGCAGAUCCGAAGAAGAACUUAACCGCAUCAAGAUCAGUCUGGAAACCGAGCUACGCAACAAGCAAAGGCUCCAGGAUGAAAAGAACAACAUCUUCAAGGAAUUAACCUACAUUAAGAGCCAGUACGAGCUGAGAGAUAGUCAAAUUAAGCAGCUAAACAGUGACAGAGACAGGGGCGAUCGUGAGAGACAGACACUGAAAAGUCAGAUUGAGAAGCUAAUGCUGGAGCUGAGAACUGUGGAGGAGAGAUACAAGAGCCGUCUCAUGAGUUCUGAGAAGGAGGUAUCUGAGCUGCUGCUAAGGAGAGAGGCCUUGGAAAGAGAAAUCAAAAGACUCCAGCAAAGACCUGACACUCUGUGCAGACAGACACAAACAGAUGAGAAAGGAUCAUCCAUCGAUCCAUCCAAGUUAGUCUUUGAUGGUGUUAGGCGCAAAGUCACUGCCCACCAGCUCUGUGAUUGUGGCAUCAUCAGCAAACACACCCUAGACCUGCUUUUGAAAGGCAAGAAGACUGUGGAAGAGAUUGCAAUCGACAUCCAAGUCAAUCUUAAAGGCACUGGGAUUAUUGCUGGCAUGACAACUGGCUCUCACGGAAAAAUGCCAUUCACAGAAGCUAAAAAUAAAAAUCUCCUGUCCUCUGAUAGUGCAAUACUGCUUUUGGAAGCCCAAGCAGCUACAGGCUACAUGGUGGACCCAACAUUUAAUGAGAGGAUGCCAGUUGAUACAGCUUGUUCUAGGGGCAUUGUCGACACAGAUGACAGAGAUACCUUGCUAACAGCUGAAGCGGCUAGCACGGGCUUCAAAGAUCCAUUUUCUGGAAAAAUUCUGUCAGUUGGCCAAGCUUGCAAACAAGGACGGAUAAAGAAAGAUCUCGCUCUCCGUUUGCUCCAAGCUCAGGAGGCUGUAGGAGGCAUUAUAGAUCCCGUGUUAGGUGUCUUCCUUCCAAAAGAUGUGGCACUGGAUCGCAAUCUGAUUGACGAAGAUAUGUACAGGGCUUUGAACAAGAAGCCAGCCUGCUACAUUGAUCCUUCUUCAGGGGCAAAGAUAACUUAUAGUGACUUAAGAAAGAAGUGCACAGUGGAACCAGUUUCUGGCUUACUUUUGCUGCGUGGCCCAGACAAACCUAUGACCGUAAAAGGAUUGAGAGGUGAAGUCAGCGUUGAUGAGCUUGUAAGAUCUGAACUGUUGACCGCGACAGAUUUGCAGAAGAUAAAUGCAGGAACACUCACAAGCAGAGAUAUCGAAGACAAACUCAAGAACUAUCUGUAUGGUUCGACUUGCAUUGCAGGCAUUUAUGAUGAGGUCAAUGACAGAAUCAUGCCCUUCUAUCAGGCGAUGAGAGAAGGCCUGCUCAUGAGAGGAACCACCUUAGAACUCCUGGAAGCCCAAGCAGCAUCUGGAUUCAUAGUUGAUCCAGUCAACAAUCUCUUCCUCCCUGUUGAAGAGGCUGCAAAGAGGGGUCUGGUUGGAAAAGAAUUUAAAAAUAAGUUGUUGUCCGCAGAAAAGGCAGUAAUUGGAUACACUGACCCACACACUGGAAAGACAAUCUCCCUCUUCCAAGCUAUAGAAAAAGAACUUAUUGAAAAAGGUCACGGAAUCCGCUUACUGGAGGCCCAAAUAGCCAGUGGUGGGAUUAUUGACCCCAAAGAGAGUCACAGGAUUGAUGUAGAUGUGGCCUAUAAAAGAGGAUAUUUUGAUAAAGAGAUGAAUGAGAUCCUGUCUUACGAGGGAGAUGACACAAAAGGUUUCUUCGACCCCAACACUAAAGAAAACCUUACCUAUCUUCAACUGAAAGAAAGGUGCAUUACUGAUCAAAAGACUGGUCUAAUUCUGCUGCCACUAAAAGAUAAAAAGAAAGUUGAGCCAACAAAGACGAGCCGCACCAAUGUACUCCGCAAAAGGCGUGUUGUUAUAGUCGACCCGGACACAGGGUUGGAGAUGUCUGUAAGGGAAGCCUAUCACAAAGAACUCAUAGACUAUGAUACCUUCCUUGACCUGUCUGAGCAAGAGUGCGAAUGGGAAGAAAUUACCAUCAAGGGGUCUGAUGGCUCCAGUCGCCUGGUGAUAGUGGACAGGAAAACAGGAACACAGUAUGACAUCCAAGACUGUAUGGAGCGCGGCGUCAUUGAGAAAAGAAAUUUGGAGGAAUACCGCAGUGGAACGCUAACGCUAACACAGUUUGCUGAUAUGAUCGCAAGCAGAACCAGUGGAACAGAAAUGACCAUCGCUGCUAGCUCUGUAGAGGACGUGGUUACCUGUAGCAGCCCCACUCAAGCCGCUCCAUCCUCCCCCACUGUACGGAAACGCUUCAACAGCAUUUCCAUCACAGUUUCCCCGCCUGCCGUGUUUGACGACCAGAGUCCCGUAGGAGCUAUUUUUGACACAGAAACACUGGAGAAGAUCACAAUUGUAGAAGCGCUCCGCCGUGGUAUUGUUGAUACGAUUACUGCCCAGAGACUGCUCGAAGCCCAAGCUUGCACUGGCGGCAUCAUCAACCCCGCCACUGGUGACAGGCUUUCCUUGCAGGACGCAGUUCAUCAAGGCAUCAUUGACGACAGCAUGGCCACUAAGCUCAAAGCUGCACAGAAAGCAUACGUUGGAUUUGAAGAUGUGAAAACCAAGAGAAGGAUGUCUGCAGCAGAAGCAGUUAAAGAAACAUGGCUGCCAUAUGAAGCUGGUCAAAGAUUCCUGGAGUACCAAUACUGCACUGGAGGGUUGAUCGAACCUGGCACUGGAAGGCGUAUUUCCAUUGAAGAAGCCAUUCACAAAGGCUGGCUGGACGGACAAGGUGCCAUAAAGCUCCAAGAUACAAAGAACCAUCAGAAGAACCUAACAUGCCCCAAAACCAAACUCAAGAUCUCCUACAAACAUGCCAUGGAUAGCUGCAUGGUUGAAGAAAGCAAUGGCAUGAAGAUGUUGCAAGCUUCCUCAGUGUCGACCAAAGGGAUAAGCAGUCCGUAUAAUGUUUCUAACCCAGGAUCAAGGUCUGGAUCCAGGGCUGGAUCCAGAGCCGGUUCUCGCACUGGCUCCCUAAGUGGAUCUCGCAGAGGCAGUGUGGAUUACUCUACAUACACCUUUAGUUACACCAGCAGCUCCAACUUUAGCAACAGUUCUUUAUCUUAAUGCACUAUUAAUACAACAGUAUCUAAGACAUCCUUGUGCUAUGCAGUUUGAAUUCACUUUUUGUAACAGAUUUGAUAUGAUGUAAAGAACAGAGCUUUCAUAUACUAACUUGUGUAAUUGCUUGCUAUAUGGGUGAUUUGGUGUUAAAGAUUUUAAUGACACUUUUGUAGCAUCGCUGUUUAACAAUGUAUUGCUGAAUGUUUUUGUUUUUUUUAUUUUAAUGUAUGGUGUAGAAUGUAUUUUUAAAAAGGGGCUUGUUUUGAAUAAGCUUUACACACCAAGAGAUUUGUGUUAUUUUAUCUUUUUAUUACACUACAGCUUGGCAAGAAUUGAGAAUAUAUAAUGAUUAUGUAUGGUAGAUGCUUAUGUUUAGGAAAUAUACAUCAAGUUAAUUAAAUAAAAUGCUGUUUUAUGAUUUGGAAAAUAAAGCUUUGAAUUUCUAACAUAAA